GUGGAUUUGAACUAUUGAUAUAAAUUUAAUAAGUGUUAUUUACUCGAACUUACGUACUUCCAUAAAAAGUGCAUAAUAAAAAAUAUAUAUCGUGUAAGAAUUUCGUCAUCCAUGUAAAAAAAGGCCAGCAGAAAGAGGAGAUUAAUAUAAAAAAAAAAAAAGGCAACAGAAAAGGGCAACAGAAACUCUAUAAAUCAAAAUAAUUGGCAAAAGAGGAUUAAACAAUCUCUCAGAUAAUUUAAUGAUAAGAUGGCUACACCGCCGGAUUCGCCUAUCGAAGAAGUUGUUUAUGAAUUAGAGACAACAAGUAGAACUUUUCCGAAGCCUGUGCCAGUAGCAUUAGAAGACUUAUGUCGACUGACGAAAUUUACACGCCAAGAAAUUCGAGUUAUGUACAGAGGAUUCAAAGCUGAAUGCCCCGAAGGAGUAGUACAUGAGAAUUCUUUUAAGGAUAUUUACGCAAAAUUCUUUCCACAUGGAAAUUCGAGCCUUUAUGCUCACUAUGUCUUCAAAGCAUUCGAUGUAAAUUGUAAUGGAGCGAUAAGUUUUAGAGAUCAUAUAGUCACACUAUCCACUUUGCUUCGAGGAUCCGUUUACGAGAGAUUAAAAUGGACGUUUAAAUUGUAUGACUUAAAUGGAGAUGGAUGCAUUAGUAGAGGUGAAUUGACAGAAGUUGUUCAAGCUGUUCAUGAACUUAUGGGUAGACGAAUACCGGAUGAUGACAGGAAAACACGUGAACAGGUUGAUCGAGUAUUUAAAAAGUUAGACCUUAAUCAAGACGGUGUUAUAACGAUAGAAGAAUUUUUGGAAGCAUGUUUGAAGGACGAACUGAUAACUAAAUCACUAGAAAUGUUUGACAAGGGAUACCUCUGAUGACAAUCCAGUACACCAUCGAAAGCAAGUAGCACAACAACAAAAAAGAAUAUUAAACCACGCGAUACCACGACACUAAUUCAUUUUUAAUCAAGAGAAAUGCAAAAUGUGAGGAAAAUAAAUAUGACAAGGAAUGAAGCCAAAUUCUCUCAUCAUGACAUAGAAUAAAUAGUAAUUUGCUGUACUACUUAUCAGUCCAAAACCAUAAAAAAUUAUAAUGAUGUAUCAUUAAGUUUACUCGGUUUGC